AUGAUAGAUAUGUGUUUGGUCGACCUUCUAUCUUGGUCAUGGGAGAAUGUUCUACAUUCUACGAUCAAUAUCGCGAACCAAUCAAAGUUAAUGAAUUUGGUACUUCCAAACACUGUUCUUAGUGUUCCCAGUCUUUCCCUCAAACCUUCAAGCAAAUCGAGAACCCUUGCUCAUAUCGCUGCACUCAAGCGCCAAAUAUGA